UUGAAAAACAUUAUUAUAGAGCAAAGCCCAAAGUUCAAAACCACAUGAAUGCCUUUGCCGGGCUUCAACGAAGAUGAAAUAGCAGUGUUAAUAAAAGAGAAUGAAUCAGCCCAUUAAAUGCGUGGAGAUUGAAGAGAUUCUUUCGAUCAACAAAUUGGUCGCCGCUUUUUAGAUGGCCUCUUCUGCAUUUCACACGGCUUCCCUGCUCGCCAACAAGACUAAUUUGCUUUCAACUCCUAUUCAAGCUUCUGCAAAAGGGUACACUAGAAACUUAAGAGUUUCACACUCACCAUCCAUUUAUCUAAGAACCCAGUUUUCUAUUCGUCUUCAAGGCUUCGCAGCAAUGCAGGAAAAGGCUGCUUGUGCUUCAACAUUGAGUGAUGAUUCAGAGAUGAAAAUCCCACAUGUUAUGACUGUUGCUGGCUCUGAUUCAGGAGCUGGGGCUGGAAUUCAAGCUGAUCUUAAGGCUUGUGCUGCAAAUCGAGUUUACUGUUCAACUGUUAUAACUGCUGUCACUGCCCAGAACACUGUUGGAGUUCAGGGUGUAAGUAAUGUACCUGAGGAUUUCGUUGCAGCGCAGUUAAAGUCAGUGCUCUCUGAUAUGCAAGUUGAUGUGGUGAAAACAGGCCUGCUACCUUCUGUCGGCAUAGUCAAGAUUCUUUGUAAGAUUCUCAGGGAGUUUCCUGUACAAGCCUUGGUGGUUGAUCCUGUCAUGGUGUCUACAAGUGGGGAUGUGCUGGCUGGUCCUUCCGUUCUUUCUGUUUUUAGAGAGGAGCUCCUUCCAAUGGCUGACAUAAUAACCCCAAAUUUAAAAGAGGCGUCUGCUUUACUUGAUGGCAUACGAGUGGAAACAGUGGAUGACAUGCACUCUGCUGCAAGAUUGUUGCAUAAUAUGGGCCCAAAGAAUGUACUCAUCAAGGGUGGUGACCUCCCCAACUCAUCAGAUGCUGUUGAUAUUCUAUAUGAUGGUCAUAACUUCUAUGAGCUGCAUUCACCCCGUAUAAAAACUCGUAACACUCAUGGUACUGGUUGCAGUUUGGCAUCUUGUAUAGCAGCAGAGUUAGCAAAAGGCUAUCAAGUGCUCUCAGCUGUUAAAGUAGCAAAACGCUUCAUUGAAAGUGCCUUGGAUUACAGUAAAGAGAUUGUUAUUGGAAAUGGGCCUCAAGGCCCCUUCGAUCAUCUAUUGAGGCUUAAGAGUCAUUCUCAAGAUUGUCAUAGGCUGCAGCCUUUUAAUCCAAGUGACUUGUUUCUGUAUGCUGUUACGGAUUCAGGGAUGAACAAAAAGUGGGGCAGAUCUAUAGCAGACGCUGUUAAAGCUGCCAUAGAAGGAGGUGCUACUAUUAUCCAAUUAAGAGAGAAGGAUGCUGAAACAAAGGACUUUCUGGAAUCUGCCAAAUCAUGUCUUAAAAUUUGCCAAUCACAUGGAGUUCCUCUGCUGAUUAAUGACCGUAUUGAUGUUGCCCUUGCUUGUGAUGCCGAUGGCGUUCAUGUUGGCCAGUCUGACAUGCCUGCUUGUGUUGCUCGCGCUCUUCUUGGUCCAGAAAAGAUUAUAGGAGUCUCUUGCAAGACACCAGAGCAAGCCCGACAGGCAUGGGCUGAUGGUGCUGAUUACAUUGGGUGUGGUGGUGUAUAUCCAACCAACACCAAGGAAAACAAUAUCACUGUUGGUUUGGAUGGGCUGAAAACUGUCUGUAUGGCAUCUAAGUUACCUGUGGUAGCCAUUGGUGGAAUUGGUGUGUCAAAUGCACGUGCUGUGAUGGAAAUCGGUACAACAAAUCUGAAAGGUAUUGCUGUUGUUUCAGCUCUUUUUGAUCAGGAAUGUGUGCUGACUGAAACAAGGAAGUUGCAUGCAAUGCUAUUGGAGUCUAGCAUCGGUGGUACACUGACAAAUUCACGACCUGAUUCUGAUAUGAUAAGUUGCCCAAGAUGAGAUAUAUGACUAAAUGUUUAUUACCUUGGCAUCACUCGAUUUCUUGUAAUCAUCAUAAAAGAAUGCAAUUAGGUGUGUUCAUUCUGCAGAGGAAGUGAUGUUAUAAUAUGGAUAAGUUCCUGUAUUUUUGACUCCGCUGUUAUCCACAUUUUUCAUUGUAUUUUUUAUCACUAAUACGUACUAGUUUCUGUCCAGUCUCCACAUCUUUUCACUUCAUUAUUACUACUCACCCGCAAUUAUAUUGUUGAAAGGGACAGAUUCAGGGCAGUACAUGCGAGAAAUACCUGAGAUUUCAUGUUCACUUCACUUGGCCGAUAUUUGCUUCAAACUGACGUGCAUUGUUUAGUAAGCAUCUGGUUUUUAAAGGAGUGGAUGAUGAUCAAGCCCGCAACAUACAUAUUGCUUCUAACAUCAGAUUUUCUCCCACGUUUAUUGGGGCGUCUCAUCUUACAAAAUAAUAUGGUUCCAUGUCUUAAGAUGAUACAAUUAACCAAAUCCACUGAAGGUAAGAGAUUCCCAUUGCAGCCUUGCCCACCAGGUAGCAAGCGGAUGGAUAACAGCACAGGAGUCCAAGGAAUCAUCUCCUUUUUUUUUUCCUUUUUGGUGAACGAAAAAAAAAUAAUCAUCUUUGUUUAAUGUUUUAUAAGCCAGAUGACUUCUCAAGGUGUUUCCAAUUGUUGCGCGGUGAGGAUGAUGCAAACUUUAAAGCGUAAUAGCAUCCCUCAAAUGUUCAGUUUGCUAAAGAAAUAUUUUAUUCAAAGGUGAAAGCUUAGAGACAAUGGCAACCAAAAGAUAGAUCCACCACCCUGCAGAAAAAGGGUACACAUGAAGUUCACAAAGAAUCACCGUCGUGGACAUUGCUUGCAUGGCUCCUUUCCUUUAAUAGGAAGGCAUAACCUUGUUUUCACAAUCAAAG